AUGUCCCUACCAACAGCCACCUGCACCCCAUGUCCCGGCAACGUCUUCUCCUCAUUCUGGAGCGACGACCUCCAACUCGGCCACCAAGCCUUCUGCACAGACGACCCAUCCGACUCUUUCGCCGAGUGCUUUCCCAACCCCAACAAGACGCCGUCGAAAUUGGCCGUCCUGCCCGAUACGGGCGUCUGUGUGCGUUACGGCCUCAGCACCAAAGAUAGCGGCGACUUUGAGCAGUGCAUUCGCAAGCACCAUGAUGCCAAGGGUUUGCAGAGGAUCGGAGACUGGGAAAUGCCUCACCCUCUGUUGGGGCCCAACGGCGACAAGACACAUCCGAAAGGCCAACACAUUGAAGUCUCGAUGGCAGCAGGAAAGAGCGGGACGGUCGCCGGCACGCUGAUCUAG